AUGGAUGAUGAUGAUGGUAUUGUAGAAGAUGAUGUUGGUGACGAAAAUGUUGGUGAUGCCCAAUUCAGACCCCCAUUAAGAAAUCAGGACCCAGCAUUUUUCGGCAGUACUUUCAACAUGGGCAAUAGCUCUUUUUUAUUAAAUCAAAUAAAAUUUGUUAAGAUAACUCAGAAGUUCAGAGACGCCAUGAGGCCAUGGAAGAGGCCAGAAGAAGGAUGCAGGAAAGAUAUGAACAGGAUGCUGAGAGAUUCAAAGAGGAACAGAUUAAGAAAGAAGAGGAAAAAAGAAAAGAAAGAUUGGAGGAUUGGGAAAGGCAUCAAGAAGGAAAAGGAUACAGAUCGAAACAAAGAAAUAAAAAAAACGGCCCCUAGUCCCCAGCAGGCCUUAAGUGGUCAAGGGGUGCCAAGAAUCCCUGGGAAGUAUGCAAUAGCGGAGGAAUGUUGCAGAAAAAUUCAGAAUGGCCCUUCUAUGGUACUUAGACUUGGAACGCUCAAUGUUGGAUCACUGACUGGCCACAGCAUGGAAAUCGCAGAAAUGCUCGAGCAUAGAAGGAUUGACAUCUGCUGCCUUCAGGAAAUCGAAUGGUGCGAUCUCAAUGGCCACGUUGGAGAGAAAACAGAUGGUUUUGACAACGUACAUGGCGGUUUUGGCUAUGGAAAACGGAAUGAAGAUGGCAACCGCAUCCUUGAGUUUGCUGAAAGUCACGGGUUUUGUUUACUGAACACAUAUUUUAGAAAGAGGUUGGAACAUCUCAUAACAUACAAAAGUGGACCAUCAGCCACGCAAAUUGAUUUCUUCGCUGUCAAGCAACCACACCGAAGGCUGUUCAAAAACGUCAAAGUUAUACCUGGCGAAUCAUGUGUUGAAACAAAUACCCAGAAACCUGAAGCAAAGCCUCAAAAUGUACCAAAAUCUAGAAUAUACAGACCAGACGAUUACAACCCGCUAACCGGAGGGUCAUCUGGAAGCAGCUAUAAGCCCCCCCAGAGAAGAGAUAACUUAUUGUCUAACCUAGUUGCCUGGGUUAAAAUAGAACAAAAUGCAUAGGUCAAGGACAGAACAGAAAUUACUUGAUAUCAGGAAUGUUUCAUUAAUUUGAAUUUACUUAACAUUAGACACUAAAUAAAUUUAUAUUUAAAUGAAAUUUUGAUGAUUUAUUUAUUGUUUGCAAACCGCUUCCGAUGAGCACAAACUAGAGUAAAACCAUUUAUUUAUAAAAUAUAUGCUUAUAAAUAUUUGUUUUAAUAUUUUCUAACGUUGCAUCAGUAAAUUAACUUUUAAAAGUAUUACAUAUAAUGAAUUUGUGGAACCAACGAAAAGUAAUGAUGUAAAAUAAAACCUUAUGAAAUG